AUGCUAACCAGCGAAAAUACCGAGCUAAUAAGAGAUGAAAGAACAUACUCUAAUAAGUUUAAUGAAGAAUACGAAGAAAAAUUUGAUAAAAAAUCAGUUAUUAAUUAUUAUGCAGGAGAUUGCCUCAUACCUAUUUAGAUUGCAGUUUCAUCAAGGUACAUCUGCAUUUUAUUUGAGCCACAUGAAGGUGAGUAGAAAUUUCACAUUCUUCAGAGGUACACAAAUGCUAUUCUUUAUCAAACUACGCUUUCAACAAAUGUUUCAACUUUUCACCUUUAUGAUCCAAUAGAUUGCUAAAUAAAAAGCAAUUUCGCAGAGGAUGAUGCGCAUUUGAUAAUAUCAGAAUAUAAAAAAGCAGAAUUCUCUACUUAGAAUUUGUUAGUUUUCAAAAUAAGCAAGAAAAAUUUAGUUUCUAAUUUGAUUCAUGGCAUUGUUUCAUGA